AUGUCUGAGUGGAAAAAUCAUACAACAAUUACAAAGUUCAUUCUCUUGGGAUUCUCUGAAUUUCCAAAGUUCACCAUUGUCCUUUUUUCAAUAUUCCUAGGGAUCUACCUUAUGACAGUAUCCUGGAACGUGGGUCUCAUCACCCUCAUCAGGAUGGAUUCCCACCUACACACACCUAUGUAUUUUUUCCUCUGUAAUCUGUCAUUUCUAGACAUCUGUUAUGUUUCCAUAAUAUCUCCCAGGAUGCUCUCAGACUUCUUUAAGAACCAAAAAUCCAUCUCCUUUAUGGAAUGCACCAUGCAAUACUUCUUCUUCUCUAGCCUGGGUUUGUCUGAGUGUUGUCUCCUGGCCGCCAUGGCUUAUGAUCGCUAUGCCGCCAUUUGCAAUCCCUUGCUCUACACAGCCAUCAUGUCCCCCACCCUCUGUGUGCAGAUGGUAGCAGGAUCUUGUCUAAGUGGUUUCUUUGGCUCAUUUAUCCAACUAUGUGCCUUACUUCAGCUCCAUUUCUGUGGACCAAAUGUUAUCAACCAUUUCUUCUGUGAUCUUCCCCAACUUCUGAUGUUAUCCUGUUCUGACACAUUUUUAUUGAAAGUUAUGACUUCUGUGCUUACAGUGAUCUUUGGGUUUGCAUCUGUCUUGGCUAUCAUUAUAUCCUAUGGUUAUAUUGUUUCCACCAUUCUGAGUAUCACUUCUUCUGAAGGCAGGUCCAAAACUUUCAACACCUGUGCUUCUCACCUGACAGCAGUGACCCUCUUUUUUGGCUCAGGUAUCUUUGUUUAUAUGUAUCCUAACUCUGGUGAUUCCCUCAGUCAGAACAAACUGGUAUCAGUCUUAUAUACUACUAUAAUACCCAUGCUAAAUCCAUUGAUCUAUAGUCUGAGAAACAAGGAAAUCAAAGAUGCCCUACACAGAUGGAAGAAGAGAUUCUUUUCCUGCUGUUAUUAA